AUGUUCUCUGAAUACGCCUCUCGAUUCCUCGCACAAUCGCAGUCCCGGUUGGUGAUUCAUUCCGACGAUGCCCGCCGAAAAGGCCAUGAACGCUUGAUACAGCCGCCAGGAAAUCCACGAUCUCUUUCGUCACGGUCUUUUUUACAGCGAGCGGCCGUUGAUCCGUAUCAAACAGCCGCCUCGCAAUUUUCCAAUUUCGUCCCGGGCUCGCGUAAUCCGGUUCCACAAGCGCCUUUGUUCUACAGUGCCACAGAUGAAUUUCGAGAGGAGGACGAUGAAACCGAGCACGAGCGGGAAAUUGCAGAUUUCUAUGCCUUGCAGAAAUCACGACGACAUUUUGGCAUCAACCAUUUGAUGGACUCUUCGGAAAAUGAUGAAGAUGAUAGAUCUCUUUCCAGCCCAGAAGCAUCAGUACCACAACAAUUCACUCGGACAGUCUCCAAGGGCAAGGGCAUUUGGAGCUCAUGGCGCGAAGGCGGUCUUGACGAUAAUGCACCAAAUCCACAAAUCUUCAACAACGGGGUGUCCGCUGAGCCUAGAGAGGAGAUACAAACGAAACGUAUGAGCUUAGGAGAGAACCUUGUUGAUGUUCGCUUGGAGGAUACGCUUAUACCGGACGCCCAUGCCGAGGAAGUUGCGCCCCCAGAAUUAGGUGACGACAGCCCGCCCUCGAUCCAGCGGUUUCGGGAAAAACCAGGGCCUCGAAUGAGUAGACUUGGAAUAGGUUCACCCACCAUGCCACCAGGGCCAGACAACGCCGAGGCGCAGGUGCUCUUCCAACGAGCGAGCUCACCAGCUUCAUACCAAGAGUCGAUCGUAUCGGCUAGGGUCGGUUCACCUGUCUAUGACGCUUUCUGGGGCCAGCUAUUUUUGAUAUCCAUCGCUUGCCUCUUUGCCACUUCGUUCCUUAUUUAUCUUCAUACUUCUACACCCUCAAACCUACCGAAAUGGGGCGAUACGGUAUACUCGACUAUUCACAACUCGUUCUUCAUGUUGGCAAUUUUUACUCUGGUCUCGAUAUCUUUAUCUCUGCUCUGGCUCGCAUUGCUACGGUCAUAUGUACGCGUCCUAGUCUAUGUCAUCAUAUUCGUCGUUCCGGCCAUUUUGUACUUCUUUUCACUCUAUCCCUUUAUCUCGAGUUUCCGUGGCGCCUGGCAUGGGUCGAGCAUCCAAGACAAAGUCAUGAGAUGGGGGUCAGCUAUUCCUUUCGUGAUAGCAAGUGCUUGGAUCUAUAACGUCAUUCGAAGCCAUCGUGCUAUAGGCCGAGCAGUGGGCAUACUUGAAUUUGCCUGCCGCAUCCUUGCCGCAAACAUCGAACUUCUGAUUAUUGGCUUGGGUGUCGUUUUAUUCAUUGUCGUCUGGACGUGGGGUUGGAUGCUCAUGUUCACACGCGUAUUCUUAACGGGACAUGUCUCAGGAUCGAUGCUUUUUUUUAUGGAUCCGAGCAGUUGGUGGUUAGGAGCCUAUUAUGUACUGAUCUACCUGUGGUCUCUGGGAGUCAUCUCUGGUAUUCAACGCACGAUCACAGCUGCAACGGUGAGUCAGUGGUAUUUCCACAGAUUCACCACGCCCGCUCCAACAUCCAGACAGAUCAUCCAAGCCGCCGCGUAUCAUUGCCUCGCAACAUCUUUUGGCACGGUUUGCUUGUCUAGCCUACUGGUCUUGCUAAUUCGGCUUCCGCUUCUGCUGCUCCCUCACCGAAUCUCUUCUGUUCUUAGUCUUUGUGCCUACUCCUUUGUUCCGACUCCACUGGCCGUUAUUACCAAUCCUCUGGCCCUCACUUAUGCUGCAAUUCAUUCUCAGCCACUUGCUGUAUCGGCUCGUGGUCUGAUGCAGAUGGCAAACCUGGCGCCAUCAACAGCCAUGACACCUUUGCAUCCACGGUCAUUUACUUGGUCUCGCGAACAUUGCGCACCUCUUGUCUCAUAUCGGCUAUCUAAACUUAUCCUUCAUGCUGCUCGCCUUAUAAUGUCACUAGCACUUGGUUUCGCAGGCUGGGUUAGUACUGCGCGGAACUUCCGCGUGCCCAGUGAAAAUGGUGUGAUUCAUGGGAGUCUCUAUGCCUACAUGAUAGGGUUGAUUGCUGGAGCGAUUGGCUGGAGUAUCUUGGGAGCCGUCGAGAGUGUCAUUGCUGAUAUUGUCGAUGCGUCUGUCAUCUGCUGGAGCAGUGAAGUUGGUAGCUAUGGAAGGGAGGCCAGAUAUUGUCGGGAAGCUGGCUGGCUCUUUGGCCAAGAGCCUGCUCCUUCGGUCAGCUAUACAGCUUCUAGCGAACUAUGA